AUGCUGCAGGCCCGGGCUGCCCUCUCUGGACCAACUGGCACCUCUCUGAAAGUAGGGGUUGCUCUGAUGCUCUUGCUGAGAAGAAAGAAUGAGUAUGAUCUUCUGGUAAUUGGUGGAGGGUCUGGAGGCCUUGCUUGUGCAAAAGAAGCUGCUCAGUUUGGGAGGAAAGUGGCUGUUUUGGAUUAUGUGGAACCUUCUCCACAAGGAACCAAGUGGGGACUUGGUGGAACUUGUGUGAAUGUUGGCUGCAUUCCUAAAAAGCUUAUGCAUCAAGCAGCCCUUUUAGGGAGUGCCCUUAAAGAUGCCCAACACUAUGGCUGGAAUAUAGCCCAACCUGUUAAUCAUACCUGGUCUGUGAUGGCACAAGCUGUUCAGAAUUAUGUGAAAUCCUUGAACUGGGGACACAGAGUGCAACUACAGGACAAGAAGGUGAAAUAUUUCAACAUGAAAGGGAGUUUUUCUGAUCCACACACAAUUCGUGGUUUAACGAAAGCAGGUAAAGAGACUGUUGUUACUGCAGAAAAUAUUGUCAUUGCUACUGGAGGAAGACCAAAAUAUCCUACACAGAUUCCAGGUGCACUGGAGUAUGGAAUCACAAGUGAUGAUCUGUUCUGGUUAAAAGAAUCUCCUGGAAAAACGUUGGUUGUUGGAGCCAGCUAUGUUUCACUGGAGUGUGCUGGUUUUCUAACAGGCAUUGGACUGGACACUACAGUCAUGAUGAGAAGUAUCCCACUUCGUGGGUUUGAUCAGCAAAUGGCAUCAUUAGUAACUGAGCACAUGGAAUCUUAUGGCACAAAAUUUUUAAAGAGAUGUUUCCCAACCAAAGUUGAAAAAUUGGAGAGUAACAGAUUGCAAGUCACCUGGAAAAAUACUGACUUGGGCACAGAAGAAACAGAUUCCUUCAACACAGUGAUGUGGGCAGUAGGCCGAGCCCCUGACACUGGAACUCUCAAUUUGGAGACAGUUGGAGUGAAAACUAAUCCUGAAACUGGAAAGAUCAUUGUUGAUGCCAGUGAAGCUACUUCUGUUCCUCACAUUUAUGCAAUUGGAGACAUAACAGAGGGCCAUCCUGAAUUGACACCCACAGCAAUUGCUGCAGGAAAACUGCUGGCUCAGCGUCUCUUUGGCCAGUCUUCAGAACUGAUGGACUAUGACAAUGUACCUACUACAGUUUUCACUCCCUUGGAGUAUGGUUGUGUUGGACUGUCAGAAGAAGCAGCUGUGCAAUGUUAUGGAUCAGAUAAUAUUGAGGUGUAUCAUGCGUAUUAUAAACCUUUGGAGUUCACAGUGGCUGAAAGAGAUGCAAGUCAAUGCUAUAUGAAAAUGGUGUGCUUACGAGAGAGAGAGCAACGAGUGCUUGGCCUUCAUUUCAUUGGACCAAAUGCAGGCGAAGUUAUUCAAGGAUUUGCUCUUGGAAUCAAGUGUGGUGUUACGUAUCCUCAGCUAAUGAAGACAAUUGGCAUUCACCCUACCUGUGCUGAAGAGGUUACCAAGUUGCACAUCACAAAGCGUUCUGGCUUGGAUGCAACAGUCACAGCCUGCUGA